UGUUUUGCCUAAGUGGACCCCCUGAUAUUUUAGAAAAUUGGUUCUAUAUACAUACAUGAUAUAGCAGUCUUGCCUUGGUUGCUAUGGAGAAUAAGAAAUUGAUUGUUACAGGAGACAGUGGUGUUGGUAAAACAUGUCUUCUUAUUUCCUAUACUACCAACGCUUUCCCAGGUGAAUAUGUUCCUACCGUGUUUGACAACUACACUGCAAAUGUAAUGGUGGACGGGAAACCAUAUGGAUUAGGACUUUGGGAUACUGCUGGACAGGAGGAUUAUGAUAGAUUAAGACCUUUGUCGUAUCCACAGACAGAUGUUGUUCUACUGUGCUUCUCUAUCAACGACAGAUCAUCCUUGGAAAACAUAGAAAAGAAAUGGAUACCGGAAAUAAAGCACCAUCUACCAAAUGUAGCUAAAAUGUUAGUUGGUUGUAAAACAGAUUUAAGAGAUUCAAGUAAAGAUACAUGUAUAACUAAAGAGGAGGCAGAGUCUUUUGCCAGUGAUCAUAGAAUGCCAUAUUAUGAAACAAGUGCUCUUACUCAGAAAGGAUUGAAGUCAUGUUUUGAUAAUGCUGUAAGGGUAAGCUGCAGAACGACUGAAAGAAAGUGGUUUCAGAAGAAAUGAUCUUUAUAUAAAUGACAUUGUUGUGCAAUAAAUAAAAUAGAUAAAAC